GAAAUGCAUUAUUUUAAAUAUAGAAAAUUUAUUACGGUAUUUAGUACAGUAAGAAAUAUGGCCACUGUCAAAAGGUUUUACCGAAAAACAAAUAUUCUAUCAAGUGGUCGAAAAUUUGAAAUUACGCUUGAUCAAAGGAAACUGAAGACACCACAGGGAAAAAUAUUCGAAGUGGAUAGCAAACCACUUGCAUUAGCAGUAGCUGCAGAAUGGGAUGCACAAAAGGAAAUUAUUGACAAAAGCAGCAUGCAUUUGACAGCUCUUUGUAAUACAGUAAUAGAUAAUCCUCACAAUCAUAAAAAACUUGAUAUGGUGAAUUAUAUUGUUAACUGUUUGGAAAUGGAUACACUUCUAUUUCAUUCUAAUGAAUGCGAUGAAUUAUAUAAAUUACAAAGUGAAAAGUGGGACCCAUUAAUACAAUGGUUCUGUGAUAACUAUGCAGUGGAUAUAGUAAAAACUAAAAGUAUAGAGGCUCCAACAGUAUCUAUAGAAACCAAAAGUGUAAUGUUAAGACACUUAAUGUCUUUCAAUUAUAGUGCUGUUCAUGGUUUCAUGUAUGGAGUAGACGCAAUAAAGUCUGUGAUUCUCACCUUAGCUGCAGCAGAAAGAGUGAUUGGAGUAGAAGAAGCAGUAAGACUCUCACGUUUAGAGGAGGAUUUCCAAACUUCUCACUGGGGAACCGUGGAAUGGUUUCACGAUCAUAACAAGUAUGAUUUACAAACUCGUUUAGCUGCAGCAAUCUUAUUUGUGCAUUUUAAUUCUAAUUCAAUGAUAAGUCAACCGAAAUAUGAUAAUGAAAACAUCAGUUAA